AGGAUAACUCCUGAAUGGAAUACAAAGCUGUUUAUGACAAGACUGAUUCAUCUCAUUUUGUUUUUAGUCCUAAAGCCAUUGUCCAGAAGAAGCAAGUGUUUAAAAGUAAAGAAAAAAAUUUCAGCAAAAAAACACAAGGUCUUCCUGCAGACUCUGGCUUCUUCCAUUGCUUUUACUCUGUAUGUUAUUCUGUGUCUCGGCAAACUUCAGACACAAUCCGUUAAUAAGGAUGUCCAGUCCGACUACAUCAACCCGCUUUAUUCUGGGUAUAGACCUCGGUACAACAUCUGUGAAAGCUGUUCUCCUGGAAGCUAAAUCGGGUACAGUUGCUGCCAGUUACAGCAGACAGACAGAAGCAGAUAUUCAGAGUGAUGUGGAGCCACGGGGAAAGGAACAAGACGUUGAAAGAAUAGUGAACACACUGGAUAAAUGUGUUGCUGCUCUUCCCAGGCACCUCCUCCAGAGGGUUGGACGGAUUGGCAUUGCUGGACAGAUGCAUGGAGUUAUGUUCUGGAAGUCAGGUCAAGGCUGCUGCUGGCUGGAACAUGAAGGCAAUCACAUCUUUCAACCAAGAGAUGUCAGUCAUCUGAUCACAUGGGAAGAUGGACGAUGCAGCAGUGAGUUCCUUGCCUCACUUCCAUGCCCUCAGUCCCACCUUAGUUUGGCUACAGGCUUUGGAUGUGCCACCAUCUUUUGGUACCUGAAACACAGGCCGGAAUUUCUGAAUUCUUUUGACGUGUCUGGCACUAUUCAAGAUUACGUAGUUGCUAUGCUCUGUGACCUUAAACGACCCCUAAUGUCAAUACAAAAUGCAGCCAGUUGGGGAUAUUAUAAUACUGAAAGUCAAAGUUGGAAUAUGGACAGUUUGAAGAAGUCUGACUUCCCUGUGCACUUGCUUCCUGAAGUUGUCAAGUCAGGUAGACUUGCUGGGAAGACGUCUUGUGAGUGGAAUGGUGUGCCAGAAGGAACUGAAGUGGGAGCUGCUCUUGGAGACAUGCAGUGCUCAGUGUAUUCUUGCAUGAUAGAGGAGACUGAUGCAGUUAUGAAUAUCAGCACUUCCCUACAGCUCAGUUAUGCGACGUCUACUUCCUUCACUCCUCCCAGCACUAGUGAUCCUUCUUCACCAGUUGCAUAUUUUCCAUAUUUUGAUGGGAAAUACUUAGCAGUUGCUGCCUCACUUAAUGGAGGCAAUGUACUGUCAACAUUUGUUACAAUGUUGAAACACUGGAUACAGGAAUUAGGUCUUGAGGUAUGCGACUCCACUGUGUAUGACCAAAUGAUUCAGUCUGCCUUAAAUAAAGGUAAUACCGAGCUCUUAAUACAGCCAACUCUUCUAGGUGAAAGACAUGCACCUAAUCAGCUGGCAUCAGUGAGCAAUAUAUCUGUGUCGAACCUUUCACUGGGUCAUGUGAUCAGGGCUUUAUGCCAAGGUAUUAUUCAGAAUCUGCAUUGCAUGUUACCAUGCCAACAUCUAAUAAAAUCUGGUGUGAAAAGGAUUAUGGGUAGUGGAAGUGCUCUGUCUAGGAAUGAGGUGCUGAAGCAAGAAUUUGAAAGACUCUACACACUUCCUGUUGCCUAUGGAAAGAAUGUGGACUCUGCUGUGGGAGCAGCUAUGGUAAUGCUUUGUGACUGGUAAACUUCAGUGCUGCUUCACAAUUUCAUACAAUUCCAGAAAGGCACUUUUCUCCUUAACAUUCCACAGUGCAUAACUGAUUUGAAUUUCUGUUGGUAUCUUACCAUUGAUUGUUCUCAGAUAUGAACUGCUGUAUUAUGUUAUUUGCACAGUUCUAAUUAGGGAAAAAGUAAAACUUCACCUUUUGUCAUUUUGUAUACCAGUGAAGUAUAAACUUUACUUUUGCUUGAUACUACUGUGUACUUCAGACAGCUAAAUUAUAGUAGACUGUGAAGAAUCUUUGUCUAUGCACUUUGCUUACUUUGUAAUCAUUUUUUGAUUUUUUUUAGACUUGAUUAUGCCUGAAUUUACAUUCCACAUUUUACAGUUUGUCAUCAAAAUGGUAGUCAUGUAGGUAGAACAAAUUAAAAUUACUGGUGGUUUGUUUCAGAUGCAGAUCAGUACAGCUGUAGUGCUUCCUUGGUUAUAUCAGCUGUACAUGUUAAAGGAUAAUGUUUGUAUAUCUGAAGUUAGGUAGAGAAGUGGGUACUGAACUCUCAGCCAUGGAUAGUUAAUUGAGACUUUGCAGAACCCACAGGCUUCAUGUACUAAAUGUCUGAUGUAUAUGGCUUACUUUUAGUGCACAUUUCACUUGCAUUAAGUUAACCAAAAAAGACCUGGCAGAAUUUGUAAACCAUAUAAUUAGUUCCUUCUACAACAAGUGAAAAUGUGUAUUAAUAUAUGCUCUUCUCAUUCUGUCACUUGCACUGAUUUGAGACUGAAUACUGCUACUACUUAAAUGCUUCAUUUAGUGUGGUAUGCAUUAUUCUGCAUGCUACACUUGAUCGGUUCAAGAGCAUCACCGAGAAGCUGAUGGUUCAUUUACUGUCUAUUGAAAAUGUGUUGUACUUAAAGAAUUUGGUAAAAAUUGUAAUCUGCAAAGCUGACCAGUAACUUUGUAAUGGACCCUUGAGUAAAGUGCGAAGAAACUUAAUGCACAACUACCCAGCUGAUGCAUCUUUUAUCCACUUAAUAUUUUUUUUUACAUUUGAAUGGUUAGUGAUUUAAUGAAUAUUUAAUGUUGUUGAUAUUAAGUGAUAAAAAUAAGUUAGAUGGUUACAUGGUCUCUCUGUUUAUCAUUGUUCCAGUUUCUUGCUUAUAUGGUUGUGCAGUGCUAUAUAACAUUGUCUUUGAAGUACAUUGCUGUUGGGCAAAGUGAAUCAGAUUUCCAGUUAAAUUCUGCUUCUCUACACCAGAGGUGUAUAUAGUAGUUUGCAGUGAGUGAUGAAAUAGGGAAUACUAUAAAUAUGGCUUGCUUUAUAACUGUUGUUUGUAACUUGACUGCAAAUUACUUCAUAAAAUAGCAUUUCACAUA